CAAGGGGCGGGGUCAUGGCCCUGAAUGGGGUUGGUGUGUUGCAGUUCGGCCUUUUCCGCCCCGGAAUGCGACGGAGUUGGGCUUUGAGGCGGUGCGUUUCGGAGGCUCCGUUCCCUGGGAAGCGGUGGCUGGUGGCUGGCCUAGGGAACCACGGAAUGCCGGGCACCCGGCACAGCGUGGGCAUGGCGGUGGUGGGACAAAUAGCGCGGCGACUGGGGGUGGCGGAGAGCUGGGCUCGCGACUCAAGGUGUGCUGCCGACCUCGCCCUGGCCCCUCUUGGGGAUGCCCAGCUGGUACUGCUCCGGCCGCGGCGCCUCAUGAACGUCAAUGGGCGCAGCGUUGCCCAAGCUGCGGAGUUGUUUGGGCUGGCUGCGGAGGAGAUCUACCUGGUACACGAUGAGCUGGACAAGCCCCUGGGAAAGCUAGCUCUGAAGCUGGGGGGCAGCGCAAGGGGCCACAAUGGCGUCCGGUCCUGCAUUAGCUGCCUGAAGUCCAGUGCAAUGCCAAGGCUGCGGGUGGGCAUCGGGCGCCCCACACACCCCAAUAUGGUGGAGGCUCACGUCCUGGGAUGCUUCUCCCCAGAAGAGCAGGAGCUACUGUCCCCAUUGCUGGAUCAGGCCACUGACCUGCUCCUGGACCACAUCCGUACUCGGAGCCUCGGGCUCUGACCACAGUGGACACGAUUGCCUGCCUGCCCGUUCCCUGAAGCCCGGAAAGGGCCACACAACUGCCAUGACACAUGUGGUACCCACUGUUUAUGUAACUUGUCUGGGUUGCCCCGGGCCACUUGCAGAUUCAAGGAAGGUCUGUGGCCACAACAGUCUAUUUCUGCGGUGACUUGGUCUCUCCAUGUGCUAUUUGUGGUAUAGGAAACGUCUAGGAAGGUUAAACUUUCUGAACUUUUUGAGAGCGACAGAUGAGUAGAUCUGCAAGAUUAAAAGAUGCUGGCUUGAAA